UUCUUCCCUGCGCGCGCAGGUUGGAAUGGGAAUAAGGAAGUAAACAAUGUCCGCAGAAGGUUGAGCAGUGUUUUCACAGGGAAGCGAGCAAAGUUUUCGUUGUCCUGUGGAAGUAGCAGUUAAAAAUCAACCCCGUCGAUCUGGAGCGGAUACUGUCUCAGAUAAUCACUGUAUAAUUUGCUACUCUUCAUCAUUUUCAAGUGCCAAUAAGCCUAAACCUCAUCAUGAUGGCAACUCGGAACAACACAGCCAGUGCUGCUCCAAACAAUAAGGUGAAGUACUCCAGACUGGCAGAUAGUGAUGAAGGCUACAUUGAUCUACAGUUCAAGAAAACACCACCUAAAGUACCCUACAAGGCUAUUGCGCUGGCAACCUUCCUAUUUCUGGUUGGCUCUAUAUUGAUUGUUGUUGGAUCCCUUCUUUUGGCAGGAUACAUUAAUGUCGUGUACCCAGAUCGCACGAUUCCUGUUCUCAUCAUCGGCAUACUGAUCUUUCUUCCCGGAUUCUAUCAUCUGCGGAUUGCUUACUAUGCUUCUAAGGGUUAUCGUGGUUAUUCUUACGAGGACAUCCCAGACUUUGAUGACUGAACGGAUCUGGACAUACAGAAUGCUGUUACUUCUAUGUGUGUUUUUUUUUUUUUGCAGAUGUUGCAUGAUUUGCCUUUAGACUUUUAUUCCCUGUUUUCUCUAGGAGAGAAACUGUAGCACACUGUGCUUUACUUGAGCUGAAUAUCUUUAUUUUACCAAAAGAAAAAAACAAGUGCAAUAUUAAGCAAAAUAGAGUAUUUAUUUAGCUAAAUGCAUAAAAUGCCAACAAGAAAUAUGCUGAUAUUUUCUUAGCUUUUAUAAAACUUGAAAAAGUAUUGUUUUAAAAGCUAGAAAUUGAAUGUAUUUGUAAUGGAGCAUGUUAUUUACUGUAUAUACACUGUCAGUCAAAUGUUUGGGCACAAAUAUGAUUUGUAUGCCAAAGAUGAAAAUAAUAUAUAUAUAAUAUAUAAUAAAUUAGAAUUUGGGGUGCUACUUAUGUACAAUGGACAUUUCUUAAUAUUAAGCCUGAAAUGUGUUUUAAUGCCACUGUUGACGAGGAUUGUAUGGUCUUUGAAUAAUAUCGGUCUUCAAAUGCAAGGUAUUUAAUGUGUACCUGUACUGUAUGAUUGCCACAGUUUCCCUUCAGCAGAAUCUGUACCUAAAGUAUACUUAAAAUAGUUCCACUUUAGCACAGUCAUAAUACUUCAGUAUCUUUAAUUGGACUUCAGCACUACUUCUGCAGAAUUAAAGUGCAUGGAGUACAACAUCUGUUGUUCCUGUUAAGCAGACAAAAGUACGAUUGCAGGGUAUUUUUGAGUACAUAAUUAUUUAAAUGCAUUUGUAGUAUACUUGGCAUGAAAUAUAUUAAGUAUAUUUAUUUUUCUCUAAGGUGGGAACUUCUGUAUUGUUUAAAAAGUUCCCCAGGAUGCACCUCAUGAGGUCCUGAGUAUGUAGAACUAGAAUCUAGGCAAAAGGUGUUGACUUUGAGGGAUGCAAGAUAUUUUAUAUUUUAUUUUUUGCUUAUUGAUUGUCCUAUAUACUUCUGUUUGUGUUCCUAUGCUUGCAUAUUUGUUAUUUUGUCCAUUAUUAACCAUUAUUUUAAAGUGAGGGAAAUAGUAAGAUUGAGCAGAUGUGUCCAAACAUUUGAAUGGUAGUUGCAGUAUUGUUUUUGUGGAAUAAACCAUUUUAUUCCGUC